UACCGGGCGCACCUGUCAUGGCAGGGAUGCCAGGGGUGCCGGGGAUGUCAGGGAUGUCAGGGAUGUCAGGGAUGCCAGGGAUGCCAGGAAUAUCGGCGAUGCCAGGAAUACCGGCGACGCCAGGAAUGCCGGGGAUGUCGGGAAUUCCAGCGAUGCCAGCGAUGGCGGGAGUGGGAGUCCAGGGUGGGUCAGCGAUACAGGGGAUGCCGACCAUGUCGACCAUGCCAACCAUGCCAACAAUAUCAACCAUGCCGGGUUUACCAGGGGGUACCGUGCGCCCACGACCGCCAAUGAUGCCCAAUGGGAUGCCUACACCCUCAAUAUCGAAAAAGACGUUCGAGAUGGACAUUGAUAAGGAGGUCUUUCAGGCUCUGCUUGAACUGAACAAAGAGCUGAUCUGCGUAUGCAUUGACUACCAAAACAGCAACCUGACUUCGGAUCCUGAUUUUCAAAAGUACCAGGUCCGACUUCAGAGUUUGUUGUCAUAUCUCGCGACAUGGUCAGAAAUCAGUAAAACUAUACCACUAUCCAACGAGCCUCCACCAAAACCUGAUCUGUCGCCACUCCCGCCAGCGCGUUUCCCUUCUGCAGCAAGGGCAAUGGUGGCUCUUCCCAAAGUAGCGGUCGCGUUCGCAGCGGCACAGAAGGCGAUCAAAGAAAAGGCGGCAGAGUCAACAAAGGCAGCAACCCCAGCAACUCCGGCAACUCCGGCGACUCCAGUAACUCCUACAGCGAAAUCAGAGGCGACCUCAGCUCCUUCGCCUACUAGUAGUAUCGGAGCAAGCAUUGCGACUGCAUCUGCACCUACCACGACUUCUACCGUCCAGAGCUCGGUGGGACCAUCAGUCCCUGCAGUAACAACUGCUGUCAGCACAACCGCACCAAUUGGCAGCACACUCAUGUCACCAGCACCUCAUGUUGCGCCGAACACUGGAAGUCAGGCGGGUACACCGCUAUUGCAACGAGCCCCUACAAAUACGAAUCCACAGCAGCAACUGGAUCAGCAGAAUACGCAGCAAGGCGCGCAGAUGCAGGCUGGCACGUUGAACUCCCUCACGGCGCCUUCUCCUGUGUCGACUUCUAUACCCUUGGCAGCCUCAUCAAUGCUAUCAUUCCCCCCCACACAGCCACAAUCCACCCCAGCAUCGGCGCCACUCCAGUCACCAACGGUUGCUUCGACUCUCACGACACAGAGCCCAGUCGUGGGUACAAGUACCGACAUCUCCUCAGCCUCAGGAACAUCCGUGCCGGCUAUUCAGGGAACCGAUUCUCCAGUAUCCAAGGCAUCAGUAUCAUCGGCACCAACUCCUGUGACAGCUUCAUUACCCAACGGAGUCGUGGGAGCGGUCAGGAUUCAAACAGGAUCGGUCUCGGCUCAGUCUUCACCAACGCUCGGUGGAUUUGCGCAUCUUAAACAAGGAGGAGGGAGUGCCGUCAACAGUCCUGCGCUGACUCAGUCCCAAGCACAGACACCUGCUUCGCCCCUUGGCAUUGUCGCCGGAUCUCCAGCACAACAGCAGUCUCUCCUUCAGCAGCAGAUGCACAACCUUCAGCAGAGUAAUAACGGGAGCAGGCAUAGCUCGCCGCUGGUGUCGCAUCAGAUGCUGCCACAGCGCACAGGAACAGGAUCGGUAACGUCUUCGCCGAGCGUAUCGCAUGCUGCUAUCCCAAUGUCGUCUCAACAACCUGAUACCACAGGUGCACAACGGGUCGCGUCGCCGGCACCCAUGGCCGCUUCUUCUGCGGCACAACUUGGAUCCCCGACCGUUAGCCUAGCAUUCGCACAGCCAUUCCAUGCGCACACUCCCAGUCCUACAAUGGGGCAACCACGACCAUCCGCACCCACGAUGAUGUCCACCGCAGGGUUACCUAUGGGCACAACACCAGGACAGAUGGGACAGAUGCCACAGCAGCAAACUAUGCUGAUGGGAAUGCCGAUGGCGAUGGGGAUGGGAAUGGGGAUGCCUUUGGGUAUGAAUAUGGCGCAACCGGUGGGCAUGCCUAUGGGCAUGGGUAUGAACCCUAUGGCUCAGUCGAUACCAAUGUCGAUGCCUAUGCAGAUGCCGAUGCAUGUGCCGAUUGGGAUGUCUGCACCGAUGCAGAUACCUAUGACGGGGAAGCAUAUGUUGGGCGGUGCGCAGGGUGGGGUGCAGAUACAGCUUGGACCGCAUCAGCAGCAUCAGAUGAGUCAGUUGCAGUUGCACAUGAUGCAACACCAGCAACAGCAGCAGUGGCAGCAACAAGCACAGCAACAACAGGCGAUGAUGCAACAGCAACAGCAUAUGCUGCAGCAACAACAACAACAGCAGAUGAAUCAGCGUCCCCCAAGUCGACAGAACAGCCCAAUGAUGAGUCCUGGACGCGGAAGCCCCGCUAUGUUCAGUCCUACUUCUAUGAUGACCCCUCAACAGCAGCAAUUACAGCAGCAACAGAGUCAAGGACCCAGUCGUUCAGGAUCUAUGGACCUAAGUUCCGGAAACAAUAACAUGAUGGGAAGCAGUGGUAGCCAACAAGGCUCGCCCGCACUUGCAGCUCGUCUUGGGAUGCAUUCACUUCCCGGAUCAAGAUCCGGAUCUGUCGACUUUUCUCAACAGCAGCAGCAGUCGCAACCAACACCGCAGCAACUCCAAUCUCCACAAUCGGGAUCGGGGGCCACACCCACUGGCAUGUCCUUCGCCACUAACAGCAGUGCCAAUAACCAGAGUAGUUUACAGAGCACGCCCACCCUCGGGCAUAACAAUCUCAGCAGCGCCAUGGGCGGAAGUAACACGAACGACAGUGCUGCGAACACACCUGUCACUGGCGGAAAUGUUGGGUUAUCAGAGCUUGAGAACAGUUCGACAAUGAAUGCUGGAGAUGAGGGCGAGGACAUGUUGAAUUUGGAUAUGAUCGAGAUGGAUAUGACGAUGAGCCAUGAUUUGUACGGAUCAGGCGAGUCUGGGAAUAACAGCGGUGGUAAUGACAACGGCGGUGGAUACGGAGAUGGCCAGCAUCAACAGCAUCAACAAGAAGGCCAGCAGCAGGAGCAGCAGGGGCUAGAAGGGUUGGAGAUGGACUGUGCGGUCAAUGAGGAAGACGAGGACGAUGUCAUGAAUGGAUUUUUGAACCUGUAGAACCUUCAUCUCUGCUUUUUUUUUUUCUUAUUCUUAUUGCCGAUAGCUCGAUUUUUGACC